GUAAUUUUACAGUAAUACAGGAUGAGGUAAUGUGACUCAAAGCAGAAAUAUCGGGACAUCAAUCUGUGUAACAAAGGAGAAACACUGCUGUGCCGAAGGAAGUUUGCCCAGUUCAUGGCCAGGCUUGCCCCUCCUGCAGCGCUGUCCACACUUGUGACAGGGUCUGUGUGCGCCCAGGCUGCGUCUGAAACCAUCAGCUUAAUCAUUAGAUGCUGUCUAGAAGUGGGUAUCCCCAUCCUGUGCUGGAAGCAGGCGCCUGCCCAGGCCAUGACAUCUCUGCCAUGAGCCAGUCUGCCGUGAUCCACCACGGAAAAUCUGCACAGUAUUAUCCCACAUUCCCAUUACCCCCUUCUUUGCUCUGAACUCAGGCAGGACUGAUAGGACUUGCUAUUUUUCCCCUCUUUGCAUUUGCUCUUCCGCUGCCAUGACCUAUCAGCCCCAACCUCACAGACUUACCAAGAUCUUUGUGAUCUGACACCCAACUUUUAAUUAAUGCUUUCAGUGUUUUAGACUCCAAAACAGCUGGGGGAUUCCACUGCCAUGUGCCAAGCAGACAGGCAAUGGAGUUCUGUGCUCCAGGCCAGGGAGGAGAUGCUCCCAGCUACCAACUGCUGCAGUGUUUGCUGGGACCGUGCUGCCCAUGGCCCCACGCUGGCACUGGGAGCACUGGGAGCACUGGGGCUGCUCGGUGCCGUGCUGUGCCUUGCAGCAUGGCACAAGCUCCCACUUGCAAGUCGCAACAGCCUUGAAAGGAUGUGCAGCGGACUGCUGCUUGAUGAACGCAUGUUGCAUUCGUUAUUUCAAAGUGGUAAUUACACUGUACAAACACACUGCCUCAAUAGCACCGUGUUGAUUUAUGCUGGCUGAAAAUCUAUCCCCUUACCAUGUGGGUUGUUUUUUCUUUUUCCUUUUCUCCUCCCCUCCCCCCAAAAAAAUUUUCUUCGGAGCCCAAUAAAACAGAAGCUCUCACUGGUUCUGUUACAGCAGUAAUACUGCAUUCUGCCAGGAACAAGCAAUCCUGCCCCCGGCCAUGGAAUUCAGGUAAUGACCCAUAACCGAAGUAAAUUAGUGUUUAAUUCCCCAUCCCUCGCAGACAGCUUACUAAUGGAAAUUGAUUUCUAGCUUUUUUCGUUUUAAUUUAACAUGCUCGUCUCAUGUCUUUAUUUCAGAUCCAAGUGCUUCCCGGUGACUUUCAGCCCAAGGGUGACCAGCGAGCUGUGCAGCAGUGCCCAGCAAUGCCCAGGGCAGAGGUUCCCCACAGGCACAGCAGCUCCUCCUGCUCAUGCCCAGCCCAUGCUCUGAGGCUGAUCCCUGGGUGGAAUACAUUGCUGUAGCUCGUAUCCCCGCAACACCCCCAAGCUUCUUGCUACCACGGACCUGAUCCUCAUCCCCAUCUCUCACGCAACUCAUUUGCAUGACACGCUUUAUGCUUUUGCAUGGGCAGCGUGCUCCUGUGCCUAACCCUGCUUUGUCCCACACGUCACCCCGAGCAUGCCCUCACCCCGAGCAUCACUGCGGUGCCAGCCCCAGGGCCAGGCUGUGCACGCAGGGCCCCAGCUGCCUGACCUGGGCUCUGUAAUCUGACCCAGCCAGCAGCGUGCACACACCCCUUUUCUCAGCUAUUUGGGCAAAACUCAACGGACGUUUCCCUCCUUGUACAGGAGCACCAGCACUGCAGGCAGAAGCUGGCCUCGGAUGUCUGACCCUUUGCACAGGAAGGACGCAGGCAAAAGACUACUUCACAUCACCAAGGAAGGAUGUGGGCUUACACCGUUGGUUUUACUGUCCUGCCUCACGUCGGGGGUUUCCUUGGCUGGUUCAUCAAUCGGAAAGAGACACCUGUUUGGUACGAGAAGCUGAAAAAACCCUCGUGGUGUCCACCCCGCAAAAUGUUUCCUGUCGCUUGGACCGUCCUGUACACUGGCAUGGGCUAUGCCUCCUACCUGAUAUGGAACGACCUGGGUGGCUGCAGCAGCAAAGCUAUCAUCCCACUUGGCCUCUACGGGGCUCAGCUGGCCUUGAACUGGGCUUGGCCUCCCCUCUUCUUUGGUGCACGUAAUCUGAAGAUGGCGCUGAUUGACAUCCUGUGCUUAGACAGCCUGGCCAUAGGCACCGUGUGCUCCUGGUACCCCAUCAACAAGGUGGCAGCGCUGCUGAUGGUGCCCUACCUGGGCUGGCUGGCCAUGGCCACCUGUCUCACCAUUCACAUCUGGAAGGACAACCCUGAGCAAAAAACAGGAAAGAAUGAAUAAGAGCAGGACAGAAAUGAAGGCAUUUUGUGAAACCAAACUAUGCUGAUGCGAAUCAAGAUCUAAUAAUUUGGGGGAUUUACUUUUGAGUAGGCAGAACGCACCUCCUCCUCCGACCUUCAUCAUGGUUGUAUAAAAGAGGUUUCCACCAGACACCUGUUUGUUUCUAUAGAGCAAUCAGGCAUCUUUGGGAACUUUCUUUCCAACACUGCUGAGGUUUUGGGGCAGCUGCAUGGUGCUAUCAGAUCAGACUGCACUAGCCAAAUUAGGAUCUCAUGAAACCAGCAAAAUUCAGAUUAGCAGCCCUGGGCCUCCUCCUAACCUGCUACCAUUCCUUUAGAACAGAAAUUGUUCACAUGUGGUAAAUCCCAUCUCUUCUGGACCAAAUAAAAAUGCCCUUCACUGACGCACACCCAUUUUUAAGAACUUGUAUUUUUGCUAUUCUUGCUGUUGCUUCAUUUCAUGUAUCACCUGGUUUGUGCUUUAUACCAUUAACUUUUUGUAUGUCAGUUCUUGAGCAGGCAGUAAUCUGUCUUGUUCUGCUACAGAAGGAAACUGGGCACUUUGACUUCUAUUUGUGGAGCAUUGCACUUGCUGAGUGUGUUGCUCCAAGAUAAAGCAGCAAUGAUUAGAAUGCAAGUGCUUGUCCCAAGAGAAAAUAUCUCUAUUCCACCUUUGCAUGCUAUUCCUUACCAGAAGGCUGACAUCAAUGCCUUGGGUGGGUGAGAGGACAUAAAAACAGACAAAAAGCCCUUAAAACGUUUGGUUUUUUUUAAGUAAAGAAUCACAAGACCAUUUUUUAAAAUGUAAAAGCUUGCUCCCACUGCCCUGAAAGUUGUAAUUAUAUGACUAGCAAAAAAUCAUGCCCAGUCUGUCAGAGGCCGUACAGGUAUCUCAUCCCACAGUAUUUCCAUUCCCUGAACAUUAUUCCUCAGGAAAAGCUAAAAUACAAGCAUCCCUAGAGGAAAAGGAUCAAGCCAUGACACAGAAUCAGGCGUGAAAGGUGAAUGGACAAGCCCCUGACCAUCCUUUAUUCUGGCUUUUGUAUUUGAUAGAUCUGAACCUUAAAAAUGUUGCUAUCUACAGAAAAUAUUUACUAUUACUUUUUUAAUCAAUAGAAGUAAUUUACGGGAAGAAAAGCGGUAAGGGAAUCUUCUUUCUGGCAGCUGACUGUAGAUUAAGGUGCGUGGGUUUCUUUGCAAAGGUUUGAGGGUAGAGAGGCUUAGCUGGGAAUGUAAAAUAAACUGUAUUUGCUUGCAAUAAAA